AUGCCCAUGGGUAGGUACCAUGGUACCAUAUGGUACUAUGGGCAACCAAGAGGGCAACAAAACGAAAAACAAACAGAAGAGAAACAAUGUAGGAAAUGUUUGGAAGAUGGACAUAGUUCUGCAAAUUGCAGGAAUGAAUGGAAAUGUCUCUAUUGCAAAGAAUCGGGACAUAAGAGGGAUGAGUGCAUGAAUAUGAAGAAGACAGAGGACAUCGAGGAGAGUCAAUCAGAUGAUGGAGAAGAGGAACAAAAUGAUGAAUCUCAGCAUGUGGAAACACAAAAGAGAGACGACAAUACAACACAUGGGGCUACAAAUACAGACACAAGGAAGGAAAGUAGAAAAGAAAAAAGAGAAAAAAACAUCGGUAAACAACAGGUACAAACAAUAGACAAGUUCAUCAAACCUUCGACUUUUGGCUGCGAGACUCCAAAAUCUCGCGACAGAAGCCUGUCAAAAUCACGCACGCCCCCGUCGCCGACGAAUAAAGAAAAGAAAAAACAUAAAAAUAAAUGA